UUCUUGUAACCCUAAACAAUGGUCAUAUCGCAGUAAUGGUAAUACUUACAAAUCGCCAAUAAGAAGUGCGAAUGGAUUGUUUUCAAUAGAUGAUUAUGAAGUAUUUCGAAUAUGUGAGAAUGCAUAA